GGAGCGGCUUCCCGGAGAUCCCUUGGAGGGUGGAUGUCCUGAUCUGCUGCCGGGUGUCGCUGCCCAGCCUGCAGCACUGAGCGGGGGGAAGGGAAGGAGGGAGGGAGGCAGCCAAGACCCGCCCAGCCCUGGCCGCUCACUGUCUGCAUUGGCUGCGGCUGCUGGUGCUAUUGUCCAUGGAGCGCCCUGCUCCGCUCUGCUGCUCCGGGGCACGCGGCAGGCAGGUACCAGCCCGCUCAUCUCCAUCCCCGGCCCAUGGGUGGCUGGCCCGCAGGACCACGGCAGCGGCAGCAGCUGCUCAUCUCCCGUCUCCCCCACCCCUCCCUUAACCACCGAGACUCGCUGCCUCCCCCCGCCAGCUGCCACUGCCUGAGCCAUGUCUGCGAGAGUGGCCCAUUCCCAAGAACCUCCCCACUCCACUGAGAAGCCUGUCAUCCACUGCCAUAAAUGUGAGGAGCCAUGUAAAGGCGAAGUGCUCCGUGUCCAGUCCAAGCACUUUCACAUCAAAUGCUUCACCUGCAAAGUGUGUGGCUGUGACCUGGCCCAAGGAGGGUUUUUCAUUAAGAACGGGGAAUACCUCUGCUCUGUGGAUUACCAGCGCAUGUAUGGAACCCGCUGCAAUGGCUGUGGGGAAUUCGUGGAAGGAGAAGUAGUGACAGCUCUGGGAAAAACCUACCAUCCGAACUGCUUUGCCUGCACGGUUUGCAAACGCCCGUUUCCACCAGGAGACCGGGUUACCUUCAAUGGAAGGGAUUGUCUCUGUCAAAUGUGUGCUCAGCCAAUGUCAUCUAGUCCAAAAGAGAUCUCCAGCUCAAGCAAUUGUGCUGGCUGUGGAAGAGAGAUAAAAAAUGGCCAAGCGCUACUAGCACUGGAUAAGCAGUGGCACCUGGGAUGCUUUAAGUGCAAGGCCUGUGGCAAGGUCCUGACUGGAGAAUACAUCAGCAAGGAUGGUGCCCCUUAUUGUGAAAAGGACUACCAGGUUCUCUUUGGGGUCAAAUGUGAAGCAUGUCACCAAUUCAUCACUGGGAAGGUCCUAGAGGCAGGUGACAAGCAUUAUCAUCCGAGCUGUGCACGAUGCAGCAGAUGCAACCAAAUGUUCACGGAAGGAGAAGAAAUGUACCUGCAAGGUUCUACUGUAUGGCAUCCCGACUGUAAGCAGUCCACUAAGGCAGAAGAUAAGCUACGGCAUUCCUCAUCUGAUUUCUUUUAUCCAAAGAGUCUGGUUCUGCGCAGACCACGCUCUACAGAGCUGUUCUCACCGCCUUGCAUAAUGAACUCAAUCAAAAAACUAAGGCAGCCUACAAGGACAUCGUCUGAAAGUAUUUAUUCCAGACCAGGUUCCAGUAUUCCUGGCUCACCAGGCCAUACUAUCUAUGCAAAAGUAGACAAUGAAAUCCUUGAUUACAAGGAUUUAGCAGCUAUUCCCAAAGUCAAGGCCAUUUAUGACAUUGAACGUCCAGACCUAAUUACUUAUGAGCCAUUCUACACUUCCGCCUACGAGGAGAGACAGGAGAGACAGAGUCUUGGAGAGUCUCCAAGGACACUCUCUCCCACCCCAUCUGCAGAAGGUUAUCAGGAUGUUCGGGAUCGCAUGAUUCACAGGUCAACCAGUCAGGGCUCUAUUAGUUCUCCAGUGUAUAGUCGACACAGCUACACUCCCACAAUGUCACGCUCCCCUCAGCAUUUCCACAGACCUGGCAAUGAGCCGUCCAGCGGUCGGAACUCCCCUGUCCCUUAUCGGCCAGACAGCCGCCCUCUAACUCCAACUUACGUUCAGGCCCCUAAACAUUUCCAUGUUCCAGAUCAAGGCAUCAACAUUUACAGGAAACCACCCAUCUAUAAACAACAUGAUGCAACUGCUUUGGCAGCACAGAGCAAGUCCUCCGAGGAUAUCAUCAAGUCCUCCAAGUUCCCAGCAGCCCAUGCUCCAGCACCCAACGAGAUACCAAAGAUUGAGACAGACCACUGGCCAGGUCCUCCCUCACUUGCGGCUGUAGGAGUCGACAUGAGACGCAGAUCAAGUGGCAGAGAGGAAGAAGAUGAAGAGCUCCAGAGACGUCGGCAGCUACAGGAGGAGCAGCUCAUGAAGCUUAACUCAGGUCUGGGGCAAUUGAUAUUAAAAGAAGAAAUGGAAAAGGAGACUCGCGAUAGGCCACCUCUUUCAGCCAGUCGUUAUGAUUCUCCAAUUAAUUCAUCCUCACAAGCCUCGGCCUCCAAAACCUCCUCCCUCCCUGGCUAUGGAAGAAAUGGACUGCACAGGCCGGUGUCUACAGACUUUGGUCAGUACAAUAGUUAUGGGGAUGUGAGCGGUGAUGUUCGAGAUUUCCAGGUAGAGUACGGGUUUUCAUCCAUCAACUGACAGCAGAGAUAAAAACAUCCACUCUGUUAUUCAAGUCUGAAUUACUGCUACAGGGAAGGGGUUUUUUUUAAGACCUUUGUUUCAGUUUAUCUGCAUGUUUAAGCAUAAUCGACGAUGUAGACAUGUAUCAACAAGGGACAGGCACAGCUAAGACGCUUCAUGGUACAGCCUCAGAACUGUAUGGGUGAGGAGGCCCACACGCCAGUUUUGUGACCUGCUUUGUAAAGCUAAUUGAUGUUGAAAUGAAAAUUAUCUGUAGUGGUUCCUUCUUGGCAUCUGAGCAUGGGUGCUCUCUCCCCAUGUCUUGUCCCAACCAAAGGAUGGUCUAGACACAUUCCUCUUCCUUCUGGGGCCCCCCAUGUUCCGUACUACGAGCCUCAAACUAUCCCUUUUUGUCUGUGGCUCUGAACAUGGAAUUCACCCUCCAGCUGAGAAGGUUGGCCAGUGGCCUCCUAUGAUGCUGUCAUCAUAGAUUUUCCAGUAGUAGAUGCUCUUGCAAGUGCCAGCCCCUCCUCUCCAGAUCCCCAUGACAACUUUUUGCCAUUGCCUAGCUUAAUGAAUGUUCACGAUAAUACGUAUUUGUACAGCACCUCGCACGGUGAAGCCCGAAAAUGGUUGGCCUGUAGGCGCUAUUGCAAUAUAAACGCUAAAUUAUUAUAAUUUAAAUACUUGGGCAAAUUGAUUAUGUACCUUAUCAAAGACUGAUCUGCAGUGAGAGAAUUACAAGAUAUAUUUGUCGUGCCAUGCAUUAUGCUUAAAGUGUGGUUGUGCUGUGAACAGUAACUAUGUAGAAAUGGCACCUUCUUAACCAAGAGAUGCCUCUUGUAUGCAUUCCCAGUAAAAUCUGCCUAUUGUGACAAAAAUAAGUUGAUACGACUUUUUCACCUGCUAUCACUGCAGAGCCGAUACACCUAGCAGAGUGUAAACUGGAGUCUAUUCAUGCUGGUACAUGUUCAGCAGAAUCGUUCAUUAAAUGCCCGAUUUAACUCCCACUCGAGGUCAAAGAAUCUCUUUCCAUUGACUUCAGUGGGAGUUGCCCUAAGAUUCAAUCAGUUGUCCCUGUGCAAAAGGCAUUAGGUUUUCCCAGGUGUCAAUGAAGAUAAAAUGGAAAAGUAGGAUGCACAGGUGUAACAGAGCCUAUGUAACAGGACCUGCAAAGCCUUUAUUACUGAUAAUGUGUGAAACGGAAAGAACCCAGACUGACUGUCACAUACAGGUAGAGUUUGCAGUUAGAAAUGAAACCAUUUUACUUGUCAACUGAGCAUAUUGGAUAUAACUGAGUGCCGUUUGUUAUGAGAAAAAAGACAUCUGUGGAAUUUCAUGGUGCCAUUUUUGCAGUUACUUUUUCAGAGUAGAGCCACACUCUAAUGCUAUCCAAGUGGUUAAAAAUGCCCUGACACAUUGUCGUGUGGGAUCUGAGUUGAGGUUCCAAGCUGCAAGCCCACAGAGGAAGCCAUUGAGACAGGAAAGGUGUGGCCACUCUGUAGUAACCCCCUGAUUGAUUGGGAGUGGUAUGGAUGCGUUCCACAAUGACCCAUGUCCAAGCCUACUGAGCAGAGAGCAGAUCAGAGCCUUUGAGGGAGAUGGGAUCCAGAGCUCACCUUAGAAAAGUAAUAAGCAGGAGUUUUGACAGGGUUCCAUAUGGUAAGAUUAAUUGUUAAGAUUUGAGGAAAGUAUGAGCAUAAAUUCACCUCUGUUUUCACCAUGACAUGAGUACCUUUACCCUGUGUGUGUCUGUGUAACCUGUGUGUCUGACGUAUACCUGUAUCCG